AUGCCACUCUCCCAGCCAUGCAGCGAGAUCGACGAAGCCCGCUUCCUAUGCUUCGAAAAUAAUAUACCACCGAUGGAAGAUGACUGCAUCACUGAUCUCAUGAAGUUUUCCACAAACAUUACUUCCUGUCAGCCAGUAUCCGUGACCAUAAAUAACGUAAGAACAUACCUGAUACAACCAAACCGAUGGAUUAUUUAUGCUAAAACAGAAACACUGUUGACCAAGUAUUGCAACGACGAAAUUUCACAAGAACCUGUUUUCGGAACUUACCUAUUAACCAUAGACGACGACUGCGAAAUUAGAAUAAAAGACCUCAAGCUGAAGAAACGCCAAAAUCGAGGAAAAGAAAUAUCUUAUCCGAAGUUCCCAAAUAUCCAGUUACCGACAAUUCAAGCAAACCCAACGCCUGGUCUCCAGAAACCCGUAAAC